CCCGGUGCCGGCCCCGGCCCCGCCGAGCUGCCCCUGCCCGCCCCGGCCGCUCCCUCAGCGCCCCGCGCGCCCCGCCCGCAUGCGCGCUGCGCAGCGCCCGCCGGAGGGGGCGGCGCGGCCGAGCCCGUGCCCGGCUCGGCGCUGGGGCUGGGACCGCUCCGCAGCCACGGACACACCGCAGCGCCGACCCCGCCGGGAAAAUCGGCUCCCCUCCCGUUCCCCUGCGGCCGGGAGCCGAGGCCCUCCCUCCGCUCCCGGUCCUCUGGCAGGCUGAGGGGAGAGGGGAGCCCGGUCCGUCCCGCGGCGGAGGGGCUGAGGGGGCAGCAGAGCCCCCUUGCCGCCGCUGCCCUCGCCGUGCUUUUCCACCGCAGGGAGAGAGCUUCCCUGUCCUAACCCGUGCCCUGCAGGGAGCGGCAUCCCCCUGCCCUCACCCCUGCCCUUUGCUCCGCCGAGCGGAGGGUGGUGGGGCUGGACCUUCCGCGAGUCCUCGGGCCUGUGCAGCUGCGGGCAUGGCCGUCCGUGGGGUCGGGAGCUCCCUGCUGCUGAUGUCCGGCGUGGUGGUGACCGUGGGGCUGUGCCGGAGGCUGGCCCGGCGCCGGCUGCGCUCCCGCCCGCUCCUCUUCGCUUUCCUUGUGGAGAUGUUCAGCACCUUCCAGAUCUGCGCCUGCACGAACGAGCUCAGCCUGCUCGGCAACGUGGAGCCGAAGCCGCACACCGCCCUCACCCUCACCUACGGCUUCACCGUCCUGCACGGCCUGAGCCUCGCCGGCAGCACAUGCAAUCCCUGCGGGACCCUGCAGCCCAUGUGGGGCGGCGGGACGUCGCUCACGAUGGGGGGACUCAAGAUCGCCGCUCAGUUCGUGGCUGCAGUGCUCGCCAGAGUGUUCAUGCACUUUAUCUGGAGUCUGGAGAUGGCAGAGCCGCAUCUUGGAGCACUCUCACAGGGCUGCACCAGCCCCAUGCAGACUACAGAGAUGCAGGCGUUCUGCAUAGAACUGCUCUUUUCUGUCGUUUUCCAGCUGGCCGUCCUGCAAGCCGAAAGCGUUAACCCCAAAUACAGAGUCCAUUUAAUUGCUCUUCUCAUCACCAUGCUCGUGUAUGCAGGUGGAAAUCUCACAGGAGCAAUAUUUAACCCAGCACUGGCGUUUUCAUUACAUGCAGAUUGUUUCUAUAACAAAUUUUUGAGUUACUCUCUAGUGUAUUGGCUAGCACCAUGCUUAGGUACAAUACUUGUGGUUUUUAUAUGGGAUGAAAUCUUUCCUCGGAAAUCUUGAGACAUCAAAUCCUGAAAUUUGGGAGCACUACAUUAAAAAAUAUUUCCAACCUCUGCAGACAUAAAGCUUUCAGAGAACUGUUGACAGACUUCCGUGCCAUCUUUAUGCUGUAUUUUCAGAUUUCACGUUUGAAAUAUUUGACUUACCACUUUGUAUUAAAAUAAUUAUUUUGUAAAUGAGUAUUGGGAUUUUGGGAAUAUCUGCCACCAUUUUCAGUUAAGCCAUAUGAAUAUGAAGGACUGUUAAAACACAAAUUUGUCACUUUAGCCAUAAGUGCCAUUUGCUGACCUUUAUUAGCAUGCAAAACUAAUUUUAGAGAAAUACCCCAUCCUUUCAAGGUUUGAUUUUAUUGGAUUUCUUCCCACUGAAGGCACCUGCAAAAAGGGAGCUGAAGAUUUUUUAUACUGACAUCAUCAUAUUCCUGCUUGCCAUAUACCUACCUCUGAGAGGAGAAAAGGCUACACUACUCCCUAGAAGAGUCUCCACAGCUCUGUUCUAGAGGCACCCUACACCAAAAUUACAGCCUGUAUGACCAACAUUCUUUUAAUAAUGAUGAUUUUAAUACCUGAGUGCAGGUAAGUAACCCCUCACUUCCUUCCAGGAAGGCUCUGUCACAUCCUGUCCCAUUGGAGACUGUUGAAUGUUUACCUUGGUUGGAAAAAAGCAGUAAUAAAAUACCAUAAAAUUCUGUAGACACACACAUCAAAUGGUAUUUUAGGCAAAAACCUCGACUUUUUAUCAUCAAUUACUGCUCCCUCUUCACAUAGACACAGUAUAUAGGGAUGAAUCAUGCAGUACUCAAUUUGUCCUUGAUUUUAUGUAGCUCUUACCAACUUCUUUAAAAAACAAAUGAAUCUGCAGUGCAGGAGAAUAAAUAACAGAGAUAAAAACUACAGGAAUGCUACAUACACAAGCAUGCCCUUUAUAGCCUCAGCUGAGACAAACACCACUGAUGGGUACUACCCUCUGAAGCUCUGUUCCUAGCACAAGGUUUCUACUUCUGGCUGCAGCUUAAUUUUUAAACAUGCCAAAAUAUAUUUCUCAAAUUUAAGAGUAAAUUCAGUUUUUCUUUUUAUGUUUACUUGGUUUGAAAGGAGAUGGUUAACAAAUUCUACAAAGAUCUCAGUAUCAUGUCCCUUACCUCAUCAUGCAAGUCACCUUAGAAACUGUAUUUUAAGAGAAAGGAAAUCAGAUGGGGGGGUUUUUCACAGUAAACUGAUGAAGUCUUUAACAGCUACUAUUGUCAGCCAUCUUUUUUGCAGGGGUUUGGGAAGUAAAUAUUUCCAUGUAAUUUCUUCCUUGUUGCGAUAAAAUCUUUUCUUGUUUUAUUUUUCCAAGGUACGUGUAAGAUUGUAUUACUAAAUUAAAUCAAUUAUAUGAACGUGCUUUACA